AUGGCCUCUGCCUCAGAGCUCACCUGCAUCUACUGGGCACACUGACUUGACGAAGUGACGGUGACAGAGGAUAAUAUCAAUGCCCUUAUUAAAGCUGCUGGUGUAAAUGCUGAACUUUUCUGGCCAGGCUUGUUCGCAAAGGCUCUGGCCAAUGUCAACAUCAGGAGCCUCAUCUGCAAUGUAGGGGCUGGUGGGCCUGCUCCAGCAGCAGGUGCAGCCCCAACAGGAGGUCCUGCCCCUCCAUCCUGUGCCCCAGCUGAGGAGAGGGCAGUGGAAGGGAAGAAAGAAGAAUCGGAUGAUGACAUGGGCUUUGGUCUUUUUGAAUAA